UCUCUCUCUCUCUCGCCACCUCACCGUCGACAACGGCUGUCGCUGAAGCUCAAGGAGCUGAUGGGCUCUGAUGGAAGUAAAAGAUCAGCGACUCCUCGAACUCUCAGUGUCAGAAAGUUUGCAGAAUCUAGAGUUUCUGAAGUUGAGAAUCUACACUCCAUCGUAGCCAACAGAUUGAGCAAUAAUUUUCGCUCUCGAAGGAAUAAGAGGAGGAGAACCACAGCCCAUGACAACCAACUAGCCAAUAGAAGGCAUAGGAAGAAGCAAAAGGAUUCACAGGUGGCUGGUGCUGAUCGCAAUGCUGCAGCUCCAGGCAAAGUUCCUCGACGCAUACGACGCAGAAAUGAGCUGAAACAAAAUCCCCAGAGUGGUUUCUGUACAUCUGGGGAUGGAACUAGGAGACUUAGAACUCAUGUUUGGCAUGUGAAGCGGUUUACUAUGACCAAGUUGUGGGGCUUUUACCUUCCUCUUGGUUUGCAGGGCAGAGGGAGGGGUUCAAGAGCUCUCUUGAAGUGGUAUAAGCAAGGAGUAGUCGUCCAUGACGCUAGUUACCAUUUUGCUGUCCAGUUGGAGGGUCCACAGGAUUCUUUGAGUUCGCUGUUAGAUAGAGUACUAGUUCCAUCUCCAUCUGCUCAUCCAAUGGACAUGUCUCAGUCAAUUAUUUCUGGUGUUACAUAUGGAAGGGCUAUGCUUCAUCAUGUUGGAACGCCUCUUUCAAAGCCAAUUGCUCCAGUUAUUUAUAUGUGGAGACAUUUGGACCAGCAUAAUACUGGUAAAGUUCAGCAGGAUUGUGCUUUAAAUGGGGAGGGUGUACCUGAGAAUAUCGAUGGCUCUGUUCCAAUUCGUCGGCUAUUUGUCUGGGUACAUGUAUCAGCGUUUACUGAAGGAUAUGAUGCUCUAAAGUGUGCAUGUCAAAAGGAGAUGGAUGAAAUGGGUAGUUUGAUCCGUUGCUCUUCGCUUGAGGGUCAUCUUACGAAGUUGGAAGUUAUGGGUGUUGUAGAAAAACCUUUUCAGUUGAAGAAGCAUUCUUCUGUCGAGGCUAGUAAGGACGAAAAGAAGAUGGAAUGUGACUUGCUUCACAAUGAGGACGGUUUUCCUUCUUGUGCAAUUCUCUCUCUUAUGGUCAAGGAUCCUCGGGAAUACAAGGAUGAAGAAGCUGUUUGUGAUUCAAAAAUGAUAGCUAUUAACACAGUUGAUGAGGUUUUAGCACAUGUAACUGAAAAGCAGCCAUCUAUGACACAACCUUCGGACAAAGGAGGAGGUUUAUUCCUAUUGUCACAGGCACAUCAUGAUUUGUGGGAUGCUGCUUCAGGAACAAGAACCCCAAUUGAAGAGAAUGUUCUUCACACGGAGAGGCACAAUAAGCGUAUGGAUUUCUUGUGCUUGGAUAAUUAUAAUUCCGGGAUGUCAAAUGCUUUACAUAGUUCGCAGUCUUCAAGAUCCUGCCCUAUAAUGCUUCUAAGAAAUGGGAGCGCAGAUGACCAUCUUAAGGGAUGGUCAAUCAUACUCCCCUUGAGUUGGGUCAAGGCCUUCUGGAUUCCUUUUAUUUCCAAGGGGGCUCAUGCCAUAGGUUUGAGGGAGAAGCACUGGAUUGCAAACAAUGCUUGCUUGCCCUACUUUCCAUGGGAUUAUCCUGAUUGCAAUGCGUAUACAUCCCUUAUGGCAAUCGAAGCCUCUGCUUCUCAUUCAAAAGCAGAUUGCCGUCCUCCUGCAGUCAGAGCUCUAAAAGUUCCCAUUCCACCUCCAUGGAGUGCUAUUUGCCCUUUUGACAUAGCAUAUGCUGGUGGGAUAGAUACUCCAAUCUCCAGUGAAAGAAGCACAAGCAAUGGCAGUUCUGCAUCAAGCUUGACAAAUAGUACCUCAGGCGUGACAUCAUCCAGACUCCAAGAUCAUGUGUGUGGUUUUAGGGGUUCUGUAGUUAGGACUAACAAGGAGCUGACCUGCUUCCUUGAAGAUAACUACGGUGGUCAUUCAUUUUUGUUUCCUUACAAAAUGGGGAGCGGUAGGAGUUUCUUGAAGGCUUUGAAGGACAAGAGCAAUGUUGGCGGAUUGGCAAAUGGGAUCUCUCGAAUCAUGGCUCGUCAUGACUUAUGUUUCCUAAGGGUGACACUGCAUGCUUUGAAGGAAGGUUUCUUCGAAGAAGGAGCAAUUGUAUGUGCACCUCGUUUCACUGAUAUAUCAUCAAGGGCUUUGAGGCUAGAAAACAAUGAAAGUGGUCUACAAAUGCCCCAACCAGCUGCAACAUCGUACUUCAAAGAGGUUUGUCCUGGGGAAUGGGAAAUCCAAGUGCCAGAGGACCCAAUUGCUAGGGAGAGUCACCGUUGGCCUAUUGGAUUUGUCACAACAGGAUUUGUUCGGGGCAGUGAGAAGCUGACAGCAGAAGCUUUUUGUGAGGUAAACUAUCUAUCUUAUCUUAGAGAGGAGCAGUGGACUGAGAUGUCCGUGGGACGGAGGAAAGAGGAGAUAUAUGUUCUAGUCAGGAAUAUGAGGUCUUCAGCAUAUAGACUUGCUCUAGCCACUGUCGUUCUGGAACAGCGGGAAGAUGAUUUGGAAUUUAUGUAAGAUGGUGGUCUCCUGUUUAUACCUGAUGACACUGGAUGAAGGGUCUGCAGCCACAUCAACUGUUACAGUUUCUGCCUCUGGUCAACAUGUUUGAGGCAGUAAAAACAUGCAACUGUAACCAAGAUGUCCUUGUUGCACAAAAGGAUAUAGCUUUUGUUUAAACAGGCUGGUCUUUCACAAACGAAAAAUGGAUUCAGCAAGCGAUUAUUCCCAUCUUCCACUAUCCUUAAUGAUAUUCUCCUCGAGUUUUGGAGGGUCUUCUGGUUACAGGCUAGGGAUAUGUCGCUAGAGUUAACUUGUUGAAUACUUGGUGAAGCACUCUAGUAUGAUAAUAGUGAAGUCGUCAGUGAUGGGAAGUUCAUUAGUUUCCGCCUCUAAUAGAUUAUCAGAUGCCUAGUGAUGCUUCCUCUCUAAAAUUGGAUUCUCAAUUCAUUCAUAUGCAUGAGAUCUAAUCUGGGUAAAGGUUUCUCCUAUCUUGUGCAGGAUGGUCGAGGACAUGGGGGGGAGAACACUUUGGAAAUGGGUAUGGAACUUUCAGUACUUACCUCCCAACUUGUAAUCUUAAAAUGAUUGAUUUUGAUUCCAGAGAGAUCACUAUUCCAGAAAUUUCCUUGCUUUUCCAAGUGUAUUCCGGGUCUACAACUUACAUUCGCCUUCUGUUUUUUGCAUCAGU